UCAUUCUUAUAUCAUUUUUUUGCUAACCUAAAAUGUUUUAUCAAAUGACUUGAUUUUGCUAUUUUUAGUAUUUUUUGUGAUUAUUUUUAUAAAUUUACAACGAUAAAUCUCGAUUGUGUCGAUAAACGUCUCAUUGCGCGUUUAACAUUUUUUUAUGCGUUUCAAUUUUAUAACGAUGACUUCACGUUAAGACUGAAAUGGAAAACGGCCCGUUUAACACUACGGCGGGUCGCGAGACUGGGCGGUGCAUGUCGGUGGCAGCGAUGCAGGCGCUGCACCGCCUGCGCGAGUGCCGGCUACUCUGUGAUGCCAUAGUGCGUGCGGACGACGGCGCUGCUUUUCCAGUGCACCGCGCCAUACUCUCCGCCUGCAGCCCAUACUUUCUGGCAUUAUUUACAACAACAUUACAUUCACGCGAGCAGAGUGAUGUAUUAAUAUCAGGGGUCCGCUCCGAAAUCCUGCUGCUGCUGAUAGAGUAUGCCUAUCUUCGCCGCAUAGAUGUAACUGAUACCAACGUCCACGAAUUGCUCAUGACAGCUGAUUACCUCGCCUUUCUCGGAGUCCUACAACUGUGCUGUGAUCACUUAAUGACCUCACUGAACCCAAAAAACUGUCUCGGUAUAAUGAUGUUUGCUAGGUAUUAUUUCAGACGCGUAUUUUGUUAUAAGUUAGAGGCAGACGCCCGUCGAUAUUUGCUGCGUUAUUUCGUUACGGUUGCAACGCAAAGUGAUGAAUUUCUCCAUCUGCCAAUUGAGGAACUGAACUCUAUUAUACUUGAAGACGAAUUAAAUGUGAAGAGCGAAGAGGUGGUUUGGGAUGCGGUUUUGCGAUGGGUCAACUAUGAUCCUGAUAUUCGAUGGCAACAUACUGUAAAAUUAAUGGGAAGCAUUCGACUAGGGUUACUGGAUACCCAAUUCUUUUUGGAAAACGUAAAAGAUCAUCCAUACGUUACCGGCAAUGAGGGUUCACGACCAAUAAUUAUUGAAACUCUGAAAUUCCUUUACGACUUGGAAAUGAUUGCUCAAAGAGAUGGUGAAGUGGCUACUCCAGAGAUAGCACGGCCGCGAGUACCUCAUGAAGUCUUAUUUGCCAUCGGUGGUUGGAGUGGAGGAUCACCUACAGCAUUUAUUGAGACCUACGACACUAGAGCUGAUCGUUGGAUCAAGGUGGAAGAAGUUGAUCCUGCAGGCCCUCGUGCGUACCAUGGGACGGCUGUCCUCGGCUACUGCAUUUACGUCAUAGGGGGUUUCGAUGGAAUGGAUUAUUUCAACUCCUGUCGAUGUUUUGACGCAGUUACAAAGUCAUGGCGAGAGGUGGCACCAAUGAAUGCUCGACGCUGCUAUGUGUCUGUGGCGGUGCUUGGCGAGACGAUAUAUGCAAUGGGUGGAUACGAUGGUCACCAUAGGCAAAAUACUGCUGAGCGUUUCAACCACCGCACAAAUCAAUGGUCACUCGUCGCUCCCAUGAAUGCACAGAGAUCUGACGCCAGUGCAGCUGCACUAGACAGCAAGAUUUACAUUACCGGUGGAUUUAAUGGUCAAGAGUGUAUGAACAGUGUGGAAAUGUAUGACCCGGACACGAACCAAUGGACAAAUCUAUCGCCGAUGCGAUCGCGCCGCUCCGGUGUCUCGUGCAUAGCAUACCACAACAAGAUUUACGUGAUAGGUGGGUUCAAUGGAAUCUCGCGUAUGUGCAGUGGCGAAGUAUAUGAUCCAAUUGCGAAUACAUGGGCUCCAGUUCCCGAUAUGUAUAACCCUCGAAGUAAUUUUGCUAUUGAAGUCAUCGACGACAUGAUAUUUGCCAUUGGUGGCUUCAAUGGUGUUACAACCAUAUAUCAUGUGGAAUGUUAUGACGAAAGAACUAAUGAGUGGUACGAGGCGACCGACAUGAAUAUAUAUCGGUCGGCACUAUCGGCUUGUGUGAUCAUGGGGCUACCGAAUGUAUAUGACUAUAUACACAAACACCGGGAACGGCUUAUGGAAGAGAAGCGGCAGAAGAUCCUGCUAUCGGAAACCGCGAGGCACGGUCAGCACCGUACUGCGCUACCUGAUUUGGAACAGGUUCACCUGAUAGAAGACAACGAUGAUAUGCUGGAACAGCUUGGACUGAUGGAGAACCAGGCGGCGAACGAUGUACACCCACCGCCGCCGCCACCCCUACCCCCACCCCCGCCGCCCCAAGCCAUGGAGCAGGAUUGAACCAACCAUUCGUAACCUGAUCCGUUGAUGUAAUUGAACGAACCUGUUGGUUGACGAAGUACCUCAUGUCUUGUUAAAGACCACAUCAUAAUAACCAAUAAUAAAUAUAACAGUAGAGUCAAAUUAUUAUUAUCUCUGUAAAAUUAAACCGUAACAGUCUAUUAUUUUUUAAAUAUUUACAAUUAUUGUAGAACUUU